AUACAAGUGAUUAAACCAGUAUUUCCACCGUGUGUUCAGAGAGACGUCAUUCUACCUAUUCCAAAAUGUGGGAUGGUAUGGGAAAUCUGAGAGUCACCAAGAAGGGAAUCCGACUUGAAGGUAUAUCUGAGUUUCUACUUCCAUUGUAUGUGAAAGAAAUUCAUUCCCGAAAGGAUAGCCCACUGGUCUUACAGUCUGACAGGAAUGUAACAGUGAAUGCAAGAAAUCACAUGGGGCAGUUAACUGGACAGCUGACAGUAGGAGCUGAGGCUGUGGAAGCUCAGUGUAAAAGAUUUGAAGUGAGAGCGAGUGAAGACGGCAGGGUGCUGUUUUCUGCAGAUGAAGAUGAGAUUACCAUUGGGGCUGAAAAGCUGAAAGUUACAGGCACUGAAGGAGCAGUGUUCGGGCACUCUGUGGAGACACCUCACAUCAGAGCAGAACCUUCCCAAGACCUCAGGCUUGAAUCACCAACCAGGUCCUUGAUAAUGGAAGCUCCUCGGGGGGUCCAGGUGAGUGCUGCAGCUGGAGACUUCAAGGCCGCCUGCAGGAAGGAGCUCCAUUUACAGUCCACAGAGGGGGAGGUGAGUGCUGAGUGUGGACGCUGGCCCUUUACUGCUGAGGACGCGUCUUCUCAAAUUGUAUGCACGUGGGUCCAGGAGAAACGGAAAGAACUGCUUCCGAAGAGAGCUGAAAUUAUGAAAAUAUUAAUAUUUCUUGAGUAUGCAACUGGAUUGUACAACGUUGCUUUUCAGAUGGACAGCAUUCUGUCCCAAUGCACCGUUGUCUCAAAGGAGAAGGCGGCAGCCGAGCGUUUGGGCUAUACCUUAGGAGUCAGUUUGUUGAUAUUUUUGAAUGCGGAUACAAUCCGGCUGGGAAACCUGCCGACGGGCUCUUUUUCCUCGUCUUCCCCCAGCUCCUCCAGCUCCCGGCAGACGGUGUACGAACUGUGCGUCUGCCCCAAUGGCAAACUUUACCUGUCUCCGGCCGGGGUCGGGUCCACUUGUCAGUCCAGUAGCAGCAUCUGCUUGUGGAGCUGA